UCAGUUCGCGACGUUGCCAUGCCAACUGGCAACCGCUUUGUUCUGUGAUGUUGUUUUUCUAUUUCAAUUUUUAACCACACUUCAAGUAUUUCAACUUUCAAAACAUUUUACGAUGGACAAGUUUUUUAGGCUACAUUUAUGAAUUACUUUAGAGCUAAGAGUGAAACAGAUUGUUUUAAUUACUUUAGUGCUGCUAUUAUCAACAAUGUUAUUAACAUCACUUAUUAUCCUUCUAUUCUGGAAUCACAAUGCAUCUUCCUUUAAUUUAGAAGAUAUAAAUUUGCCGUUGGAACAUAUCCCAUAUUUCUUUAAUUCAUUUCCUACUUACGCUGAAUCUUGUUCGAAGGACGUUAACUGCCCAUAUACGUCAUUACUUACUAAAGAGGCUUGCUGGGGCUAUGAUACAAGCAAUUGUAUAAAAAAUAAUUCUUAUCAUGUGCGCCCUCGUUGUCCUGGAGAUCACAAAGGUUGGGUUAAAACGAAAGAAGCUCAGUAUGAAACAUUUUAUACACAGGCAGACUUUGGUUAUAUAAAAGAACAAAUUGAUGAGCUUAUGGUAAUGUGUGAAGCUUCUGUACCUGAUGAUAGUUCUCUUGAAUGCUCAAAAUAUUUGAGGUUCUGUAGAGGGAGAAAUCUUAUGCUUAAUUUUACUGGGCUCAUUGGUCGUGGAGAUAAUUUAAGAUACAAAAUGGAUAUCUUGGGUCCUAGACAAAUUGGAGGUCAUUGCAAUUUUUAUGCAGACAGAUUAAUGAAGGAAGCUGAACACAUGAGUGCUCUGCAGUCUUGGGGCCCUGAGUUUAUUAAUUUUGUGAAAACUCCAGAGAGACCAAUUACUGACGGGAAGUGUGAUAUUGUUAUAGAAAAACCAACUUAUAUAAUGAAAUUGGAUGCAACUGUGAACAUGUAUCAUCACUUUUGUGAUUUCUUUAAUCUGUAUGCAUCUCUGCAUGUCAACUCGACCCAUCCAUCAACAUUUUCUAGAGAUAAUAACAUUCUCAUAUGGGAAACAUUUACAUAUACAUCAGCAUUUAAAGAUACAUUCAAAGCAUUCACAAUGAAUCCAAUAUGGGAUUUGAAAAGAUUCCGAGGCAAAGUUGCAUGUUUUAAGAAUGUUGUGUUUCCAUUAUUACCUCGCAUGAUUUUUGGACUGUAUUAUAAUACGCCUGUGAUAUAUGGCUGCGAAAGGAGCGGUUUAUUUCACGCUUUUUCAAAGCAUAUAAUACAUUCUUUAAAAAUACCAUUACAUGUACGUAAAAAUGAUAAAGUAAGAGUGACCAUACUAUCGAGAGGGACGACUUACAGGAGUAUUUUAAAUGAAGAAGAGAUAAUAAGAGAGUUACUCAAAGUGAAAGGGUACCAUGUGGAAAGAGUGGUGUACGACAGAAAUGCACCAUUUACAAAGCAAUUAGAGAUGACGCAUAAUACAGAUGUGUUUAUAGGAAUGCAUGGAGCAGGAUUGACGCAUUUACUGUUUCUGCCUGAUUGGGCAUCAGUUUUUGAAGUUUAUAAUUGCGAGGAUCCCAACUGUUAUUCGGAUUUGGCAAGACUUCGUGGACUUAAAUAUGUGACGUGGACGGAUAAAAAUAAAUUAGUACAACAAGACGAAGGACACGGGCCAGGCGGUGCGUCUCAUGCGAAAUUCACGAAUUAUUCGUUUGAUGUGAAAGAAUUUCUGAGAUUGGUGGAAAUAUGCGCCUCGUACGUGCGACAACGAGACGAUUUCAAGAAUUUUAUUCACGCAUCGGUUUCUCGCGAUGAAUUAUAGAAAUUGUGUAUUAGCUCUUCGAAUGUCUUACGUUUAUGAAACUACGGAAUAGAUGUAUGCGAAUUAUGUGAUUAAACUGAUUUAUAAAAAGAUUUCAUAGAUUUUGCAUACGCUUGAAAUGAAAUAGCAUUUAUAAUUAUCAAAGCGGUCUUUAUGAUGAUAACAAAGAGCUUAGUGAUUUUAAAAAUAUAUAAUUUUUGCAUUUGUUAAUAACGUUUUAGAUUUUGGAACGAACAUGUAAAAUUGAACUUUGUGUCAUAGAAAAUUGAACUUUAUAUCUUGCAUACAAAUGUUUUCCUUAAAAUCGACACGAAUUUUUAAAAAUUCUCGCAAAUACUUAGUACUUUAAUCAAUUCACAUAAAGUUCGUUACGUAUCGUUCAAAGAAUUCAAUUUCUAGAAAAAUGUUCUAGCAUAAUAACCUUAAUAUGUUUAAUUUAAUUCGUGCUUAGUAAUCUAUGAUAACACUGCGGUACUAAUUUGAAAAAUGCCAUGUUACUAGUGCCAAUAAAAAAAAUGUAUAUGUAUACUUAUACAUUCCGUUCACCUUAUGUGGACAUUCUAAAUAUUCUACAUUACUGAAUCUCUUCAUUUUACGAUCUGGGGGUUUGGAUAAAAACCCAUGGUGCGUGGAAUUCGUUUAUUCCUGCUGGAGUUCUUGCUCAUUAUCCGUAACCGCCAAUCUCAUGCUGCGCCUGAAGCACACUCGUUCUGAAAAAAAAACAACAACAAGCACUCAGAACACAGUAUACCCGCAGUAGACACAAGUCUUGUGACCACAGCACUGAAUUUAAGUUAGUAGUCCAGUCAGUCAAGACAAUUAAUUCAUUAUAAUUCCAAAAGUUUUCAAAUUUUGAUGUAAGGUCGGGAGUGGUAUU